UCAUUAAAGUUUUCCAUUUGGCUAGAAACGUCAAAAAUUCAGGAAUUUUCUGUGAAGAGAAUAUUUUUUGUGUUGUAAUUUCGGUUUUUCCAUCCUGAAAAAAGUUCUCUGCAUCGAGCAGAAUAUAAAACCAACUAACUGCUUGCCAUAGUUGUGCUGGGUGCCUAAAAAGAAGUCAACAAAACGAUGUGUUACGUGAGACAAUGAAAACAUCAACGCACUGGAACGAAAUCAAAUCUUGAUAACGAGUUGAUCAAAUCAAUUGCAAUAUUGUUCAGCAUCUUACGGUCCGCCAAUGUGUAUCGAGUAUUGUGCUGAUCAAUUUUAGUGUCCUUGCCGCUAAAAAGCAGAUAACUAACUGGUACCGUUCGUUUCCGUGGUUGCCAAUUGAUCCACGGGAAAGAGGAUGGAUCUGGUAGAUAUCGAUAAAGUGCUGGACGAUUUGGAGCUAAAUGAGGAUAACGAUAGCCAAACUAAUGUACCCACCUUCAACAGAGGCUUGAAUGCAGAAGCUAGUUUGAAGGAUCCAAUCAGUAAAUCAUCGAAACAGGCGAAUACUCGAUUGAAAGUAAAUCCCUCUCCAGAGGCACCCGUGUUACAGGAAAAUGGUAGCGAAAACAUUGUGACACCAGGAACCAGCAACGGAACGGAUAAGGUCAGGCAGAAGACGAAUGUAUCGACCGUAUUUUCCAGCUUAAAUGAAUACGUCAACGCUGGGACCGAUCUAAGCGACAAGCUCCAACAAGUGGAAGUUCCGUCAGUAACGGCACCGAGUGGCGACGUGAAAAAUGGUCUUGCAGUCAGUAGUAACGGGGACAGCAAGCCUCUACUGUCACGAUCCUCCUCAUCGUUAUCAACCGAAUCUCAGUUGUCUUCGUCGCUUGAACAUCGUGAUUCCUCUUCAGGUACUUCGAACAGUUCCGGAGAACCGGAACACAAUCGAAGACGCAGCAGUGGUAGUAGCAAAAGUCAAAGUAGUAGCAGCAGCAACGGCAGCCACAGUUCCAGUCCUUCAACGUCUACCAGCGACGGGGAGGAAGAUGACGGCCAUGCACACGAAAGAUUGACCGAAGGAUUAUCGCUGAGUGGUGGCGAUUACAUACUGGAACUGUCGGACAAUACUACGGUGGAAACGUCCAACAGAGAGGAACAAGAGAGUCAAGUGGCGUUGGCAAAGCAUGUCGGUACCGGCGAACAGCAAGACACAUCGGCGUUUUCCUACAAAAAUAGUUUGUAUUCUGAUACGCUGAGCAAUGAUGUCAUCAAUCUGGAAGGUAUUUCAUCAAUAUCGUCCAUAGUGGCGGUCGAUUUAACUAGUGUCGGGCAAGGGGAAAAACCACUCGAGGAAGUAUCGUUGCCAGUGGCGAACCGAAACGGUCAACAGGGAGAUGAUGUUGUUAUGGCAAGGCCGGAAGAAGUAAUGGAAGGGAAAGUUGAGACGAAAAAAGUGGUUGGAUUUGAGUCCACAAUGGAUGACGUUUCGGAUACGGAAUUGGAAAGCUACCUGCAGGAGUUAGAGGAAUACGAUAUACAGCAAUCCAUCGUACCAGGAUUGAACAUGAUUUCAUCGGCAGCACUAGAAGAGGAACCCGUACCAGUGGAAAUUAAGGAGCUUGUGGAGGACAAAGAUAAAAAAGACACGAUCAGCAUUGGCAGUCACAACAGCAUCGACACCAGAAGUGAUGAAAGCAUUCCGGAAUCGACCCGAGAAGAGAACGACGAGGAUUUAAUUUCGCAGGCUUCUACACUGGAAUUUAAUGAGUUGGCAGCUAUGACGGCUGCUGCCGCAAAUGGCACCAAUGAUACACAACAGGCAGCUGCUAUUGAUGCUGUUCCUGAUACUGAUGUUCCUGAGUUCCACCAUGAUCCGGUAGACGAUGGUAGUGAAAUUAAAUUUAUCGAUUGCACCGAUACGGACUCGGUUUUGGUGAGAGAAGAUCUACCUCUGCAGGAAGAGGCAAGGACCGGAGCAGAUAGUGGUGAAACGGAAAUCCGAGAAUCGGAUCAGCAGCAGCACAUCGAAUCGGCACGUCCUCCUCUGCCAAGGCCAAAUUCACUGGAGCUUCCAACUCAAGUCCCCACCAGUUGUACCGAGAAACCGAGUUCUCCCGGUCAUACACCGCCGUCAUCACUGUCGCACGGAAUUGAUUCCGACCAAGGACUGACACUUUCCUCAACCAGUUCGGACGAAUUUGCCCCAUCAAUGGCAAUAGUUCCUCCUCCGGCGGCGUCCGCUCCACCGGCGGAAACUAGCGAGGGUCAAUCGACCAUCAAUCGUCCAGUGACCAUUCUUAGUAGUGCCCAGGCUCAGCUGGGAAAAAUACCUCCUUUCUGGGUGCCAGAUAACUCCACAAACUUCUGCAUGCAGUGCAACAAUAAAUUUUCUCUCAUCAAACGUCGCCACCAUUGCCGGGCGUGCGGUCAGUUGCUUUGUUCCGCUUGUUGCUGUCUGAAGGCCAAACUUGAGUACCUCGAAAACGUCGAAGCGCGUAUCUGCAUUACCUGUGACAUCAUUCUCAAUCAGCAGCAGCAAGCACUCGAGGAGGCCCAGUACGGGUCUCAGUUUGCGGUGGCUGCCGGUGCCUCCUCAUCGAACCGGCAACCGAAUCCCAACAAUCCGAUGGAAUACUGUUCGACGGUUCCACCGUUCCAACAGGCCAACAGUCUACCACAGUCACCGAUUUCCGUCAUGGUCCCGGUGGGAGUGCUGAAACGGGCUGGGGCACCCCGCACCGGUCGUAAGGACAAAACCGUUAUUUUCAGCGACGGCAUCCGACCCGGCUGUGACCUCACCGAACUGGACGAAAAUUGGGAUUCACAGCCAAAACUGCAGGCCCCAUCAUCAGCAGGGGCGCUACCCGAUGGAGACAAGCGGAAGGGGCGCGUUCAGACACCGAUUUGCGAAAAUGUCCCAGCAAUCUCGUCGUUGAUCCCCGCGGAGGAGAACAAGCUGCCACCGAUUGUGAAACAGAUCAGCAAAACCGAAACCAAACACAUCGAGCUGGACAACGACGCAAGUCUGAUUGCGAGUUUACGUGACGGGACGCUGACCUUCGCACUGCAACGCAAUUUCCACGUGCUGAUAACGAUCGUGGAUCUGUCCUGUUGCAUCAACAAGACUGUGAUCAAUUUCACCACCCGGGGAAUGCAUUACGUGGGCCAGGAUGAAAUCGUGAUCCUGCUUGAGCUGAACGAUUCUCAGAUGGUGCUGCCGAAGGAUAUUUUCGUACACUUGAACGAAAUUUACUGCAACGCGGAUCGUGGCGAAACCAUCACGGAACUUGGAUUCAGUCCGUCCAGGAGCAGUAACUUUUUGGGUUGUAAAAACCAUGGCGGUUUUCUGUACGUGAAGCCCACGUAUCAGUGUAUGCAGAAUGUGAUAGUACCGGACUCUCCCUACCUGGUGGGUGUGUUGAUCCACCGUUGGGAGGUUCCAUGGGCAAAAAUUUUACCACUACGUCUGAUGCUUCGACUAGGAGCUCUCUAUCGGUACUAUCCGAGUCCUCAUGUUAGCGUACGCGAACGGGACUCAGUGUACGUGGAAAUUGCCCAAACCGUCGUAAACCUUCUGGCAGAUUUCAGACAUUACUCAUACACAAUCCCAACCAUCCGGGGCAUGGUCAUUCACAUUGAAGAUCGAAAAACGAGCAUUCUCAUACCGCGUAAUCGUUACGAACAGGUGAUGAAGGUGUUGAGUUCCGCUAACGAUCAAAUUCUGGCCCUCGGUGGGAACUUCAGCAACGUUGCCGAUGGUCAUCUGGUGUGCAUCCAAAACACAGAGUCUGGCUGUCCGGAGGCUAUGCAGUAUUCAACGCAAGCCAUCAACAUCGAAGGUCAACCGAGGAAGGUUACGGGAGCAAGUUUUCUGGUUUUGAAUGGCGUUCUGAAACCGGCAAGUGGUCUACUGGGUAAAUGCAGUAUCGUCGAAGAUGGCUUGAUGGUCCAGGUGCCGCCGGCAAAGAUGAACACCAUUAAGGAUGCGCUACAGAACCGGCAGAACUAUCGAAUCGUGUGCGGUCCCACCGAAGGAGACGACAGCCAGAAGGAAAUCGUCAGCAUCGAGUGGACCGAAAACGAUCUGAAUUUCAAUAUCGGGGUAGUUUCCCCAAUCGACAAAAAACCAAUGGACGGGAUACCAAGUAUCCGAGUUCACAGAGGAACAGACUUUUCGAAUGCCAACCAUAUUAUCCGCUGGACGGAAGUUUUCAUUAUUCAGGGAGACGAAGAAUCGAACCAUCCGGCCGAUCCAAUCAACAUGUCCAAAUUGUCGGAAGAAAUGGCUAAAAGUGCUUGUACGGCUCUGGUUGCUUUUCUGGAUCUGUUAGCAUCCAACGGGUGUCUUAAAAUUGGUCUUCGUAUAGUUCUGGAUACGGAAAAUGUUUCCUAUGAAGCCGGCAGCCAAUUUAGCAAACUGGGCCCACUGUACAUGAACGCGUUGGACAACGAGCUCAUCGGAACACUGAACAGGCAGGCGAACACGUUGCACCUGGAUCAGCAGAUAAUUGUCGAAUUAAUCUUUCAUAUUCUUGAUAAAUGAGUGUACUAAUCGCUUGUCUCCUCUAAUGCAUUAAUGGCAGAUAAUCUGUAGCUUAGGCAUGGUGUAACGCUAUCAACAAUCUGCAUGUACGUAGUCUUUCGGUACACGAUGAAAUGUGACGCUAUAAUACCAAUCGAGUUGUAGUCUAUGGUUGACUAUUUACAUACGUACGUAUUCGAGAUGAUAGGCUUAAAAGAAAAGUACUAAUUGGUUUAACUUAGGUCUUAGGUGAGGACAAAAUGUGUACGCACGGUUAGAAUGUUUGUUAGCUAAACAAGUUGUUGGAAUGAAGCGAAUAGGAGAAAAACAAAAGAGUGUAGUUGAAAUAUGGCCGAUUAUUAUUCCUAUUAACCAACAUAUAUUUAUAUUUUAUUUAGAAAUUUUAAAUAAAACUGCUGACAGUA